AUGACGCCACCAAAGCAAAAGGCGACGAAACAAACAAAAUUAAAAAUAUUGCACCGUCGGCGGACAAAUAUUUUUGGUUCCGCGCAUUUUAUAAAAUCAUUUGACGACGAUUUUGAUUCGACUAAACUCGCACAAGUGCCCAUUCGCAUUCAACGUCUUGAUGCGUUAUGGCGAGAAUUUGAAGAAACUCAAGAAGAAAUUGAGCUUCUUGAAGAUGGAGAGGAAGAUUUUGCUGAAGAGAGACAAGAAUUUCAAGCCUUGUACUACGAAUUAAAGACAUCGUUGCAAAGUAAAAUUCCUGUGCAACCACCCGUACCACCCCCUGCUCCUGUUCAACCAAUUUCGUCCGCUAUUCCGAUUUCGUCGAGUGUUCGUCUGCCGGAAAUAAAGUUGAAGGAGUUCUCUGGGAAUCUCGACGAUUGGGUUUCUUUUCGCGAUUUGUAUGUCUCGCUAAUUCAUACGAGCAUACAACUUACAGCAGUUCAGAAAAUGCAUUAUUUGCGAGCUACACUUUCUGGCGAAGCAGCGCGAAUCAUUUCCUCGCUCGAGAUUUCUGCUAAUAACUAUCUCGUAGCGUGGAAGCUAUUGAAGGAACGUUUCGAAAAUCCUAAUUUAUUAGUAAAGCGGCAUGUUUCUGCCCUACUCAUGAUUUCUUCUAUGAAAAAAGAGUCUGCACAGGGACUAGCAGAUCUUGCUGACGAAUUCGAUCGUCACGUACAGCUGCUGGAUAAGCUCGAAGAUUAUGAGAACCACUGGAACGCCUUUUUGGUCGAACGAUAG